ACUUUUUUCUCUCUCUAUCGUUAAAAGCCAAACCAAACCCUUAAUAAACCCCACCCAUUUUGGCCUGCAUUUUCUCAUUCAUGAAUGCCAUUUUCCUCUCUUCAAUUCAUUGUUCUUUCCACCACCAAGCCAAAGAUUUCAAAGAUAAGCACGCAAUUACAUCAUAUACACAUAUAUAAAGACAGAUACAGAUACAUCAGACAUAUAGGAACAUCUCCUUAGUGACCAAGAAUUCACCAUAUAUAUUGAUGGCUGUUGAAGCUCGGCAUCUCACUCUUUUUCCUCCACAGAUUCUUAGCAAUAGAGAAAUGGCGAUGAAUGCUAUUGAAGGCAACGGAAAUAUGUACAGUACUCCGUUGGCAUACGGAGCGGUUGCUACGACGACGGCGACGCAUACUGUGCUUCCUAUGUAUGGUUCAGCGAUUAGCGAUUCGGCUCCGGCGAAGACUGGUACAAUGAAAUCGGACAGUGGUCUCACGUAUGCCGUUCCUAUUUCUAGAAAGCGUUCAAGAGAUGCAAUCAAUCCUCUGCUUUCAUCGUACCCUAGCGUUUCACAGAAUCAAAAUGCAAAUCACUGUUGCGGUUCCAUCACUUUUCUCGGCGAAGAUAUCUCCUUUCAGAUUCAACAACAGCAAUCAGAAAUCGAUCGCUUCAUUACUCAACACAUGGAUAAAGUGAGGAUGGAAAUUGAAGGUACGCGAGCGAGAUAUUCUCAGAGUUUAGCGACGGCAGUUGAAGAAAACAUAAUGAAAAAACUGAAAGCCAAAGAGGAAGAAGUUGAGAAGAUUGUGAAAUUAAAUUGGGCGUUAGAAGAGCGAGUGAAGUCUCUAUGCGUGGAAAAUCAGAUAUGGCGAGAUUUAGCUCAAACAAAUGAAGCCACAGCGAAGACCUUGAGAUGCCAUCUCGAAAAAGUCCUCACUCAAGUCAAGGACGAGCAGCAACAGCGCCACUGCGGCGACGAUGCCGCCGCUGCGUUGAUCGACGACGCACAGUCAUGCUGCGGCAGCAACUUCGACGAAAUCGAUCGGCUCGUAUUGCCGGAAUGCUCCUCUCGUGAAUUUGUCAACAAUUCCAAUGGUGGUGGUGGUGCGUGUACGAAGAGUGUGCACAACACUGUAGUGAGUAACAAGAACAGGAUGUGCAGGCGGUGUGGGAAAGAGGAAUCAUGUGUGUUGCUUUUGCCGUGCAGGCAUCUCUGUCUCUGCACUCUGUGCGGGUCGUCCCUCCAUACUUGCCCCAUCUGUAACUCCACCAAAACCGCUAGUGUUCACGUUAAGCUUUCCUGAAAUUCAGAUGCUCUUUUCGGCAAUUUCAAUAAAAAUCGCAAAAAGUUAUCACCUAUCCAGUAACGUCUCUUAACAGAUUUAGACUAUUAGUUCAAAUCUUUAUCUUCUUUCAUUUAAUUCAUCUCUGUAAUUAAUCUUAACCUUCAACGUGUUCGAUCAUUUUCCCUUGUGUUCU